UCGAAACAGUUGGACUACGAUUUAACAAAUACCUACUUUUGGUUUUAACAUUUGCUAUUUUCAAUUUCAUUCAAUUAGAGGUUACACAAGACUUAAGACGUUAAGUUCGAAGAAGGAUGUCAGCGGUCACAAAGGUUAUAGCCCAGCGGUUUUACGGUGUACUUAACCCAGGAAAGUCAGGAAUAUCUUGGUCAGUGUAUCGUAAUCAUUCAGAUGAAGGGAAAAGCAAGCGUAAAAAGGGGAAAACUCCUGCUGGAAAGUUUGAUGAUCCUCGCCAGGAACUAGAGACGGAGGAGGUGGUGAACAUGACAGUUGAACAGGAACCUCUAGAGAGGUUCCCUGAUGACAAGAACCCAGUCACUGGGGAAAUCGGAGGUCCCAGGGGACCUGAACCUACUCGUUAUGGUGACUGGGAAAGAAAGGGGCGUGUGACAGACUUUUGAACAAUAAUGCAAUAUUCAGAGCACAUUAAUAGCAGUGUCUUUCAUUUUUGGUGGAUCUGAACUGUGUUUUGAUAACCACAAGUCACCACUUCUUCUGAUCAAUAUUUAUAUGAGAUUGAUUUUCUUUGUUUGAUAUAGCUCUUCGUGUGUUUUCGCAAGAAUGGAACCCUGUACAUAUCAAAUAUGUUUUCAGGUACAUGUAUAUUACCAUAUAUGUUUUUUAUUAAAGGAAGGUUUAAAAAUUACA